UUAUUUAUCUUAAAUCUCUCCUAUCAUUACCAACUGAUUUUCAAAAUUAAAUUAAAACUGGGUAAUCCUUUUAUUUUUGCUGAAUUUAAGGCGCAAGAAAACUAAAAUCCCAAAAACAAAUAACCAAAAUAAAUAAAUUUGAGUCUUUACUUUCACAUGGCAAGAAUCAUGAGUUCAUCAGUAACUCCAAUCAACAACAAAGGUGAUCAAGUUCUUGCAGAUGAUCUUCACAAGAAUCCUGCAAAUGUGAAAGAGUCGUCAAGAAUCGCGGUUGAUAAGCCGAGGAUGAGUGGGAAGCUUGUAGGGAUUGUUUUUUACUUGCAGGUGGUGGUGAUUUGUGUACUUGCAGUGAUUCUAAUCAUUAGAGGCUUCAUAUCAUCGCAUCAGUUUCAUCCAUCAAAGUGGUAUCCUCCUAUGCUGAUAUCUGUUGCAUUAGGUGGAAUUAGCGGAUUAGCAUGGCAGAUUGUUACUUACUACAAUCCAUCAAAAGCUCUGAAAUUAGCGUUUUGGUUUAGCCCCUUGUUAACUUGUGCAAUGGGUGUUGUUUUAAUCUCAAUUGGUUCAUCAACUGGAUUAGCUUUCGGAGUUUUAUCAAUCUUGGUAUCCGUUAUUCAAUCAUUGUACGCGUGUUGGGCUAAACCCCGUUUUAAUCAUGCUGUUUCCGUACUGUCUGUCUGCACAGCAGUUCCUCCACAGAAGACCAUCAUAUUGACAUUCCUGUCUGUGAUCCUAACAGUCGUUUACUCUUCUGUUUUGGUGUGUGGGAUUGGCGGGGCGACUGCGACUGGGACCCACAUCGAUAACGUUUUCAUUGCUGUCAUCCUACUAAGCAUGACAUGGACACUGCAAGUCAUCAAGAAUUUCCUGCAGGUGGCAGUUUCUCGUAUCAGAUAUCUCAACUUCGUCGUUGGUGGAGAUGAUGAUCAGAGAAUGGAUGACAAUGACACGUGGACAUCUGUUAGAGGUGCAGUGUGUACAAUGGUGGGACCCGUCUGUCUCGGGUCAGUGUUAGUACCGACUGUCAGCCUCGUGCGUGGCUCUGCUAGGGCAAUCAGUCUCAUAGCAGGCGACUCUGACGAGUUCCUGUUUUCGUGUGCUGAUUGUUAUUCAGGGAUUGCUUCAAGACUUGUGACAUGUGCAAAUCGAUGGGGGUUUGUCCACGUUGGAGUCUAUUGUAAGGGGAUCAUCCAAUCAUCAGAUGACACGUGGGAGAUGUUCCGAAGAGGUGGGAUGGAAGAGCUUAUUGACAGUGAUUUGACUAGUUCGUUCUGUUUCUUUUGUGGAGUUGCAGGAGGUGCUGUGAGUGCACUUGCAGGUGGGUGUUGGACACUUGUGGUUCAUAAAGAGUAUGCAACUCAGAUUAUGUUCUAUGGUUUUGUUAUUGGUUAUUUGGUUAAUCGUGUUGCUGUGGCUUGGCCACAAGCAUGUGUUUCGGCUUACCAUGUUGCGUUUGCUGAGAACCCUCAAAGUGCUCGUUUUGAUGCAACUAUUCCAGUGAGGUUGCAGGAACUCCAUAGAAACCAGCAUUCUGACAUUGAAGAUGGGAAGAAUUGAGCUAUUUCAUUCUCGGUACACAGUUUGUAAAUAGUUUUCUCAUCAGAUUUUGGAUUAUAGAUUUAAUUCUUUCUUGUAAAUAUUUGUAACUUGGAAACUAGUAUAACCAUUAUGUAUACAAUAUACAUCAAGCAGUUCAAUACAUGUUUGCCAGGUGUUUUUUUAGCAAAGGGUAAGAGAGGACCCUACAAAACCAAUAUUAUUACUCCCUCCAUUUCUUUUUGAUCUUCC